UGGUGAACGCGUUCUUUAUUCUUCGUGCGGUGUUUAAGCUUAAUGAAGAAAAUUAUUGUACAAUUUUUCGGGCCAUAACUAAACAUCCGUGAGAAAGCGUUGUAGCCAUCAAGGAAGAAGCGUUUAUGAGCGGCGCAGCCAAUUAUAAUCCCAACUGACAAGAAAGAAUCGCAGGGUGGAGUAGACGCCGAAAACUCAUUCCAAGUGUCUGCUGAAACGGAAACGAAAGCAGUUCCAUACUGAAAGCAAACCCAAGACCAACAUGCCAUUCUUUCGCUGGUGGUUCUCGAAGCCUAAGCCCGAGGAGGAGGGUAAUCAAUCUAGUGGCACCGAGGACCUAUUCAAGAAGUGCAAAAACGGUAUGGAGGGACUAAUUACCCGUUGUGACCGCUUCUCAAUUGAAGUGAAGACCAUGACAGGACAUCUGCUGGUUAAGCUGGACGGCGUCAAGACCACCUUCGCGCCCCGGACAGGCGAUUUCGUGUACCUUAGCUGCGAUAUGGACAAGGAGGAUGAGAUUGUACAGGUGAAAACCGUCUUUCCUCUGACCAUCAAAUCUGAUCAGAUUUGUGCCGUGGAACUCAUUUACGAUGAUUAUAUAAUAUUCGGUAAGAAUGUCUACAUUAUGAGAGAGGACAUCCCGACGGGCAUAACCCUUCGUUCAACCGACGUGGUCUAUGCUGAUCUAAUCAAGUGUCAGUAUGAUACAUUUACGCAGCGUGCCAUAAAGCUGACCCUGCUGGAGAAGACGUCUAAGUCGGCUAACGACGCAUGCAGAAUAGUAUCGCUGAUCGGGGAGACUCACCUCAUUUGUUCAGAGCUCCAUAAAACUUACCAGAUAUCGCAGAAGUUACGCAAUAAUACAAACGACAUCUUGCGCCUGAUGAGCGUGAAAGCGCUUAAUGACGUGGUUAAUCGCCAGCUGAAUGUGCUUGAGCCUUUGAAGCCCGUUGGCAUUCCCGCCAAAGGGGAGAUUACGCUCCUAUUUGAGGUGAAGACCAAGUUGAUGGGAGAAGUUUCCGAGAAAUUUGAUCUGGACUUUGAUACCUUCAAAAUGAGACGUAGUAUUGCGGUCAUCGUGUGCAAAUCGAAGGAGGAGGUCGACCAAGCGAAGAAGCGUAUGGCCGCAACCAAUGUCCCAAGUGCUCCUAGGCCGAGAUCUAUGCAGGAAGCUCGAUUCUAUGCCAACCAGAUUUUGUCUAGCCCAAAGGAUGCGGUGCCAGGACAAAGCGUAGGCCUCAAGCGCCGCUUUGUGAGCAUUCGUUUGGCUGCUUAUGACAUCCCCGACACGCUCCGCCAGAUAUACCUGACCACCACACGGCAAUCGGACAUGUUGAAGGCCAUCGAGUUGCAGUAUCCGUUCGUCAAGGAGGAGAUGAACAUCAAGAACUAUGUUCAAAAUUAUAGCCUCUUCCUGCACCUCGAAGAGCUUGAGAAUUUCGUGCUCAUUCGGACCUACGACAGGCAGCGGGCACACUUCCAGAUAGACGGCGAGUACCUAUCGCUGCUGGUCUCUAAUCUUGCCGAGCGUCGUCCCUCGCUGGUCGUUGGUGAUAUUGUGCGUGCCAAUAAUCUCUGGGUGGACGGUACCGAAACGGAAACCGACCGGAGCUUCGAGGGCAUCGUCCACAAAGUGCUUGGCAAUCGCAUUCUGCUCAAAUUCAGCGCCGGCUUCCACAAGACGUAUAAGGGAGAGGAAUACAGCCUGUCGUUUUACUUUUCACGUUUCGGUCUUCGCAAGCAGCACCAUGCCAUAUCAAAGAUAAUAUCCGUUAUUGGUGAGGAUUUCUUGUUCCCCACGAAGCUAAUUCAACGCGAGCAGCCUCAGUUGGAAGUCAGGAUGGAGGGACCAGACGAUAUGUACCUUUACGAUUCAAAGUUGAAGUGGUUUAAUCCAUCCCUUAAUCACAUCCAAAAGCGAACUGUAUUCAAUAUCUUGCGUGGCGAAUUGCAGAAUAUUCCUUAUGUCAUCUUUGGACCGCCUGGAACUGGCAAGACCAUGACCCUGAUGGAGGUGCUCCUACAGUUGGCGAAUAUUAAUCCGUACUCCCGAAUUUUGGUGGGGACACCAUCCAAUAGUUCGGCGGAUCUGAUUACGAAGAAGAUCAUCGAAAGCAAAGUCCUGCCUCCGGACGAUUUCAUUCGUCUUGUGUCGUACAAUCAGAUCGAUAAGGAAUUGAUUCCCAAAGAGCUAUUAAAAUACUGUGCCACUGUGGACAUUGGAACACCGGGCAGUUGUGAAAACGGUAUGGUGAUCACCGAAUCUGGCAUGAAGAUGAGAUGCCAGAUGAACUUUUUAACACGCUACCGUGUAAUAGUAUCAACCAACACCACAUUGGGGAACUUCAUGCAAAUGGAUUUCCCACGCGGUCACUUCACUCAUGUGCUUAUCGACGAAGCUGGCCAGUGCUCGGAGCCAGAGACAAUGGUACCGAUUUCGCUGUUAACCGGAAGUCGGAAGCAAGUUAUUCUGGCCGGUGAUACCCAACAGCUGCAGGCCAUUGUGAUAAAUCGUUAUUCAUGUCAGACCGGAUACUGCAAAUCCUUCCUUGAGAGGUUGUUGGAACAGCCACCGUAUAGAAAGGAUCUCCAAAAAUUCCCCAAAACCUCCGGAUAUAAUCCAAAGUGUAUGACCAAGUUAUUGAACAAUUACCGCGCACUGCCAACGAUAAUGUGCACUUAUAACAAGCUCUUUUACGACAAUGAACUCAUUCCAAUGGUUUGCGAAUCAAAUUCGAAGGAGAUUCAACUCCUGGAAAAGGCACUUGUGGUUUUUAAUCCGAUCAAUGAUAUUCCAAGAAACCAGGGUGCCUUCUUCUUUGGAAUUGAUGGUACGAAUUUGCAGUGUAAUGACUCGCCCUCUUGGUACAAUCCGCAGGAGGCCAAGCAAGUAUACUUAAUGACCAUUGCCCUGUACAAAAUUAAUUUCCAUGAGGACCAGAUUGGAAUAAUCACGCCAUAUGCAAAGCAAGUGAAGACGCUCAAAACUCUGUUUAUGGCCACUAAUAUAGUCAUGCCAAAGAUUGGCUCUGUGGAGGAAUUUCAAGGACAGGAACGCGACAUUAUCCUCAUCUCGACAGUGCGCUCCUCGCAGGCACUACUCAACGCCGACGCCCAGAUGUCUUUGGGAUUCGUGAAGUCCACCAAGCGGAUGAAUGUGGCCAUAUCCCGUGCCCGUGCCAUGAUGAUCGUCUUUGGGAAUCCUAAUAUUCUCGCCCUCGACAGUUCAUGGCGCAAAUACAUCACCUAUUGUGUCCACAAAAAUGCUCUUUUUGGCUGCGAGCUGCCAUAUUCUGUGUACGGCCCUUACAUAUCAAAGAAGGAUGAGUAAAAACAAAAAACAUGGCAUACUUUCCAGGGAAGGUUGCUUAUUUCCGCUGUGAGCUGCCCAAUUCUUAUUAUUUACGGCAAUAACAUAGAACAGGACGAGAGAAAACAA